AUGAACACAGCAACUUUGCCAGUUUCUCUCUUACAAGAUUCAAAUACUUCAAUCAUAAUUAAUCAAUCAUGGUUUAUUCCUAUCGAUAUUCUAUUACUUACAUGUCUUUUUCUAGCCAUUCUCAUGUCUUUAUUAUUUUUCUUUAUUGUUUUAACCGAUAAAACAUGUCACACAGUUCCUCUUAUACUUGUUGCUCAUUCGUGUUUUGCUAGUUUUUUAUUAACGAUUAUUUUAUUCUGGGCGACAAUUAUUACUUUUCAUAAUGAUCUUAAACAAAUUUAUUAUCAAGAUUUAUUUUGUAUUUUUCGUGGCUAUAUGACUUAUGUAACUUUUUUUGGAUUAUAUUAUUCUUAUUUAUUACAAUCAAUUUAUAGUUAUAUAACAGUUAUUUAUCCGACUCGUUUAUUUUGGCGAUCAAUAAAAAUUCAAUUUUUUCUCAUUAUUUUAAUAUGGAUAUUUGCUUUUAUUUUUGCAUGUCCCGUUAUAGUUACUAAUGAAAUAAAAUAUCUUAUUGAUGAUCAAGUAUGUCAAAUGCCAUUUCAUCUUUCUAUCGUAGCAAUCUAUAAUAUAGUUUAUAUUUAUAUAAUACCAAUAAGCGGUAUUAUGUUUAUUUAUUUGAAAUUAAUUCGAUAUGUUAGAGAAAUGAAUAAACGUGUUACAUUAGUAAAUACAUUAUUACGUGCACAAAGAGAAUUAAAAAUGGUUUAUCGAAUAGUUAUACUUAUAUCAAUUCUAUUAAUAGUUAGUGUACCUUAUACAAUAUUUGUUUUUAUGGGAUUUUUUAUUUUAACACCAAAAUAUAGUUUUCGUAUUGCUCUCACAUUUGCGGAGGCAUCAUUAGUAUUUGUUAUGAUUGCUUUAUUUAAAUUUACGGAACCAGUUCGAACAUCAAUUAUGAAAAGGAUACGUCAACGAUCACAUGUAGUCACACCAACAAUGACAUGA